AAUAGUUGAUAUUUGAUUUGUUUUGCAGUGAAUGCAAAUGAAUGCUUGUUGACAAGAAUGCAAGAAAUGUCUUUGGAUUACCAUUUUAAAGUUGAGCAAGAAGUGGGAUCAUCUACUCAUGCCUUCUUUGGCUUCAAUGGCACCGGUGGAGUAUGGAGAAUUGCUGCAAUAAAUGAGGCAGGAGGAUGGAAAGACAGAACUACAGUAGAGGACAUGGAUCUUGCUGUUAGAGCUGGUCUCAAGGGCUGGAAAUUUGUUUACCUAGGAGACCUUCAGGUUAAAAGUGAACUUCCUAGUACUUUCAAAGCCUUCCGUUUUCAGCAACACAGAUGGUCUUGUGGUCCAGGCAAUUUAUUCAGAAAAAUGGUGAUGGAAAUUGUCAAAAACAAGAAAGUUUCGCUACGGAAGAAGUUCUAUGUGAUCUACAGCUUCUUCUUUGUCCGAAAAAUCAUAGCCCACAUGUUUACUUUCUUCUUUUACUGUGUGGUGCUUCCUUUAACCAUUUUAGUACCCGAAGUUGAUGUGCCGAAAUGGGGAGCCAUUUACAUUCCUUGCAUAAUCACAACUCUAAAUUCUGUUGGGACUCCAAGGUCGUUCCACUUACUGUUCUAUUGGAUUCUUUUCGAGAAUGUGAUGUCUUUUCAUCGAACCAAGGCAACCUUUAUUGGUUUGUUUGAGGCUAAGAGAGCCAACGAAUGGGUUGUCACUGAAAAACUUGGAGAUGCUCUCAAGAGCAAGUCGAAUGCCAAAGCAACACCAAAGAAAUUACCCCUAUUUAAGCUUGGUGACAGAAUAUUACUUCAUGAGCUGGGGUUCGCGGUCUUUCUAUUCAUCUGUGGAUGCUACGACUUCCUUUAUGGAAAGAACAACUAUUUCAUUUACCUUUUCCUUCAAGUUAUCACCUUCACAAUUGCAGGAUUUGGCUAUGUUGGGACAAUAGUCCCGAGCUCUUAACCAGUACCAGCUCUGAAUUCAUUCGUGUUUUAUCAGAUUCCUCUCUAAGACUAUCUUCCCUUAUUUCAAGCCUCAACAAAUUACAGACACCAUUCCUUCACUUGAUUGCAUUUUGAAGACGAUCAAAUUCUUGGUCUAAUAGAGCAGAGAACAUGGGAUUCAGUUCGAAAAACUGCCAGGGAAAUUGCAGAAAAGCAUCAAGGUAGCUGUUUUGGAUCAGCAGUUUACACUGUCAAGAACAGGUUGAAGUAGCAGAAAUAUCAUAAAAAUUAGGGGGGUAAAAAAUAAAUAACGUGCUUUUUCCCAGUUUAUAAUUCUUUAGCUGUGUGAACAAUUGUGUUUCAUUUCCUUUCAGCUUAUAGAGAAAAUAAGCUGAAAAUCACAUCUAUAAUUUUUUUUUCCUUUCCUUUUUUCAUACUAUCAAUUGUAGUUUCUAUCUGUAUCUUUGGUCAUUUAUUAUAUUAUUUAGGCUUUUUUCAAAUAAAGGAUGAAUAUAUGUCUGUAAGUGGGGAUGUAAACUUUGAUUAUAGAUUUGCACUUGGCAAUGGUGUUAAUGUCUUAUUGUAUA